UACAGCUACAUGUGUGAGGAUUUUUAUACAUUGUUUACAUAGAUAUAUCUUUGUCCUUUGACCACCAGGUAUUGUCGCUAUCCUGUGGUCUUUUUUCUUUCUGUGCGCCUAAAUAUGAAUUUAUAAUUCAAUCCCAAACCUUUUACCGCCGAUACAUCGUUUGACUGUAAACCAAAGCCACGUGUCGGUAAUUGACAACAGAAAAAUUCCACAUUCAAAUGUUUUUGGAGGACAAAAUUUAAUGUGUAUAGCUAACAGUCGCAGCGCGAACUUCUUUCGUGUACGUGUUAUGUAGCAGAUGCGCGCAGUUGGGAUUUUCCGCUCUGUGACGAGGUUCGCAUUUUUAUGGCGGUUCUGCAUAGUCGUUGCGAUCGUGAAUGCGAAAAUAUCUCCUUUUUAGUUUCAUGCAUUAAUUUAUGUGCUGUAAAUUAACUGCGUUUAUUACAGCUGUCAUUUUUCUGAAGAAAUGUCUAAAUAAGGGAUUCCUCUCGCGAGGUCGCGCCGUUCCGAGAUGUGGAAAAGCUGUUCUAUUUUUAGACCGAGAAAUUUCGUCAAUGGUGCUUGGCAGAGCGGGAAGGUGUGAUUAGAGUGGCCCCGUCUCUGUAGGUGUGUUUGGCGGCGAUUGGGCCCGCAUAUAAGAGCAGUGGACUAUGUUAGCUUACAUCAAACCCGGACCAGUUCCCUUACCCCUCAACUUGUGACAGUACAGUACACCGGGAACAUCAUGCGCCUGGGAUACUGGGUCAGCGAAAAGAAGAGCAAAAAACUCAAUUUCGAAGACUUUGCCAUUUUGUGCAGAAAUGCUGGUCUUGAACUGGUCAAGCUUGACCUGGAUUCGUCGAUCGAGGACCAGGGCCCGUUUGACCUCAUUAUCCAUAAGUUGACUGAUGUCCUGGCUAAGGUUGGGGAAGGCUACGAUACUGCCAAACAACGCAUGCAGCGCUUCCAGGAUUUCACAGAAAAACACCCUGAGUGUAUAAUAGUGGACCCUUUGGACAGUAUUUACAAACUUCUGGACAGAUAUGAGCAGUACAAAGUUGUCCAGCAGUGUGAUUUAUUAGGUUCCCAUGUGUUCACACCCUCUUUUGUUGAGCUUACCACCACUGAUGUUGAGACAAACAAGAGAAAGUUAAAAGAAGCCAACAUACAGUAUCCCAUAGUAUGCAAACCAACAGUUGCUCAUGGAAGCCAGUUUUCUCAUCAAAUGUUACUCGUGUUCAAUGACAGUGGACUGAAGGACAUUCAGCCACCCUGCGUUGCCCAGACUUUCAUUAACCAUGGAGCACGGCUGUAUAAAUUGUUUGUCAUCGGGGAGAACAUGCGACUAGUGGAAAGGCCAUCGCUUCGUAACUUUGCUGCAGGGGACCAUGAAACAAUUUUCUUUGAUGCCCACGAUGUUUCCAAACCCUAUUCCUGCCAUGAUCUAAAUGUGCUUGAUGAAAUCAAUGACCAGGGUCCAGUGCAGCCUGAUUUGAAGAAAAUGCAGGCCCUGUCAGAUGACCUACGCUCCCUCCUAAAGAUGGACUUGUUUGGUGUCGAUGUAAUAAUAGACUGUGAUACAGAAAGAUACGCUGUCAUUGACAUCAACUUUUUCCCAGGUUAUGAAGGCGUGCCUGAAUUUUUCCACCUACUUUUGAAGCUCGCCCAAAAACUGGUGAUGGAGAGAAAACGGAAGGACAUUACCUGUGGUACAAACAACAAUGAUGAGACAGAUGUUUGCGUACUUCAGUUGAAUUCUGCCAUCCAAGAUGUCCACCCCAGAAUUGGGACAAACGGUCAUUUGAGUUUACCCCAAGAUGGCAGCUACAAGCGACUAAAGCUUUGCCCGAGAGAAAAUGGCGUGCAAGCAUUAGAUGUGACGCAGACAAGAUUUGACUCUGAUCAUUUAAAUAUGGGUCAGCCUCCGCAGAGGCCUGCUGCAACAACAACAGUGGUAACCAAUGGCAACAACCAAGGCCUGGCCUGCACCUGUAUGGCAUCUAGUGGACUCUGUGAUGAUGUUGGAGUUUCCAGUAGUCAAGAGUUGGAGAAUGGCUUAUCAGGGGUCAGAAGUAACGGUAUCAUUGUGGGGGACAUUGACCGACAGCUGCUGUGAGGCUGGUGUCUUAUGGAUGUCCUGCCAUAUUAGAUGCCACUAACCGACAUGUACCUAGCUUAAACUGACCCUCCAUUUCCUCUGCAUGUAUAUGACAUCAGUUUUAUUCAUCAAUUCUUACACUCAAAUACAUGUAUCUUGUUAAUAGUUUAGUUGGAUUGGCUGUCGGUUGUCUAGGACAGCCUAGCUUAAACGUUUUCUGAAUGCUUGGAGAAGGACAGUUGUGUAUGUACAUGAAGAAAGUGAAGACAGUGAAUCGCAAUAGGCCUCAUAUGAAUUACCUCCCUUGUCACAUGAAAGCAGCUAUGAUGUAAUGCAAGAUUAGUUUUUUUAGGAGUGAAACUAUGAGAAGUUGGUCCUCGUCUUUGUCAUGACAGCGACAACUCUUUUCUGUGUGAUAGAAUAUGGAAAAAUAUGACAUCAGCCUUUUGAGAGUUGCAGAUUUUAAAUGAUUAUGUUUCUUAGCCAACGUGAAAUAUACAUAUUUGACAAAGAUCACCAAAUCUGUAUGUCUUUUGUAUAUGUACAAUACAGUUCAUGUAUUUUCAUAAGGGGAUUUUAAUUUCUUUCAAACGGCUUAAUGAGUUGUAACGUUUAAUCUGGGCUUUUCAAAUCAGUUUGCGAAAUUAAAAUCUGAGGUAGGUCUUCAACCAACUUAUGCCACUUUAACUCGCCAUUAGCUAUCGUCCCACGUAACCCCAGCUUACCCCUAUAAAAACACUAUUUAAAUGGGAGAGUGACCUCAAGGGGAGGUAAUUUAAUGUAGCUUAUUAGAAUUCUCUAGCAUAUUCCUACUUGUAGCUCAGAACUCCAUUUGGUGGAUGAAAUAUGUUGCGAUAUGAACAAGAGGGAUAAAGGCCAUUAUGAGUGGUAAGGAUUAUACCUGCAUACAAACUAUGGUAAUAUCUGAGAGUUGUGAAGUAAACUUCCCAGAGCAUCUGCAUGAUUAGGUGUAUGCAGCAACUGUUGUAAUCAUUUGGUCAGUAAGUACAUGUAAACUUUAAGUAUUCCAUCACUUCAGGUUUAUGUUUUGUGGAAAAUACGCUAAAAACUGACUUCCAGUUUAGGCUAAUUGUAGUGUAGUGUUAUUUUGUGACUGAAUACAUGUAAUUAACUAUUUUCUGUUUCUCCGUGUGCAAACAUUGAGGUUUUUUUUACACAUCCUCCAAUGCUGCUGUAAAGCUCAGCCUUGAAUGUCAAAAUGAUAAAAAGUUAGUAACAUAAUAUCAUCAAAGAAUCUGCGUUUAACAAUGAACAGCAACACAUGUACCAGCUGACUCUUUAGCCCAGUCCUCAGAGAUUGGUGAAGUGUUUAGUUGACAUGCUGCUGUUAUUAGCUCUUCCUCGAAUUUCUUUACCAUGUUUUAACCCAACGUUUAUGACUGCCAGUUUUAGUGGAGUUGAUGUGCACUAAUAUUGUCCAAACUCUGUUAUGUAAACACAAGUUUGACAACUUGAGUAUUAAAAUUUCAUAUUUGUAUUAAUAAUUUCUGUAUGAAGGUUGUGCUUGCAUUAUACACUUUGAUGGAAAUCAAUCUGAAGAAAACUUAAUGCUCUGAAAGUCCUAGUGAAAUUUGGUAUUUGCUUUAUUGUUUGAAAAAAAUUUUGUUUCCAGAACAGAGGAGUUGCUAAAAAGUUGUAAGAGGUAUUGAAUGUUUGAAGCCUUGUCAUUGAUCAAAUGGUUAGAAAGCUUGCUAGAAACUGCUGUGAAAUACUGUUAGUUUUUACAUGAUGUCAGUGUACCAUUACAUGUUUUACCUUCAUCUAGACUGAAAACCAACAAGUUGUGUGGAGGCUGUUGUUCGUUAUAAAACUAUAAACCUUGUACAUAAUGUGUGCACCUAGAGUAUGUUGUAGCAGGUGCAAUGUCCAUGGGCUUGUAUAUUUACUAGACAGCAGAGGAUUGCCUUACAAAUCAGACGGGUUCAUAUUUCAGUACCACUCAUAUUACAAAGUGUAUGUUGUGCUGACUUGAUGGCUGUUAAUAAUAUAUAAAUAUACACGAGUUAAGUGUAACCAAGUACCAAAAAUAAAAAGGAAAUGCAUAUGAAAACUAAUUUCUCUAGGUGGGUAUUCUUAAGGGCAUCCUCAUGUUUACCACCUGAUGUUUGUAUGUUGUACAGAGGAGUUUUAUCGUUAAGAAAUUAUACAUCACACUCUCUUGGCAUACGAUUCCAGUGUUAUUUGUAUUAAACCUGGCAGCAGCAAGCCACCAACCGUGUAUCCAAAAAGUGAAGAAGCAUGAUUGCGAUUGUAAUGGCUGGAGAUCAUUUGUCUAAUAUACACGGAUAUGCAUUAAUAUGAUGAUGUUUUAUAGUGUCACUGUUUAGCAAUGCUCAGUUUCAGCUGUUAUUGCACGAGUACUAGAUAGGCUACAGGUAAGAUGUAUCUCCCCUGGGUUUACUCACGACAAAAUCAUUCGUCCUAUUGAAACUUGAGUUGAAGUUUUUAUCAACCCCUGAUUGAUUGAGAUUUAACACCUUUUCCAUGAUAUUUAACUGACUUCAGCUGCCUUUCUGUGGUAAAGUUGAAAUGUCAAUUUGAAAUCUGGCAUUUCGCGAGUUUUGUUCAUAUGAUUAAAGCAUGAUUAAAUAAUUAUAUGAAGAAUAUCAAAAGCUACUUGAAAACAAGUUUAUCAAAAUCUUUUUUUUCUUUCAUUCAGUUGCUGCAAGAAUCUGAAUAUGUCUUUUAGUUUUCUGUUUGGAAAUUUUGACAUACGUGUAAAGGUGGUAGGGAGGUAUUUUGUCGCACAUUAAACUGAUGUUACUCAGAAAUGGCUGCGAGUUUGGUAAUGCACCAGGCACUGAUAUCUCCAGGCACCAAUGUCCAUAUUUGGCUCGCUUAAUGAUUAUGAAUCUACAUAGUUCAGAUUUAUUAUGUCUGUGAAAUUUACAAGUUUGUAAGAAAUUGAUUUUUUUUUUUUACUGAUAAUAUACCUUGAAGUAGAAUGUGUGGUUUCUAUUUAUCAGUUAUACAAUAAAUAUUUGACAGUUUUUGUGCAGCUAAUGGACUGAUUAGGGUUAAUUUACUCCUAUAAGUUUAUUCCUACAAUGUAAGUCAUAAUCAAGGGCUGUUUUACAUGUACCUGGAAAAGCCAGUUUGUUGUAUUAUUUUACAGAAUAUGUAUUCAUGGUAAUUUAUUUGCAUGUUCUCUAAAUGUUUUAUUUGUUUGUGUUUUUCCCAACAUUUACCUUCUUAUUUUCUUUAAUGUCAGUAUUCUGACCAUGUUAAGUUUGUUUUAAUUACCAACUAAAAAACAAAAAAGUUGACAAAAAGUUGACAAAAGUUUUAGGUGUGUUGAUAAAGUACUGGAUUUUGGAAUCAUGGCUCAUGAAACUGGAAUUAUAAAGUCUAUUAACAUACAUGUAAGUGAAUCUAAGCAGUGAUGAAGUUUCCAAUAAUAGAACGGGAUGUGUCUCUACAAUGAGUGUUACCAUUACAUGUAUGCUAGUUAAAUGGGUGUACAAUGUUUAGGUAACAAGUCUUUCCAUAAUGCCUGGUUAAAAGAUGUGUGCAGUGAGUCUUGCCAUCAUGCCAUGCAUUGUGAGGUAGAGACAAGGAGUCUUACCAUCGUACCAUGGAUCAUGAUGUAUAGGCAACAUGUCUUACCACCAAUGCCAUGCAUUAUGAUGUAUAGACAUGAGUCUUGCAUAAUACCAUAUACAGAGAUGUACAUGUGUAAACAGUGCGUUUUGCCAUCAUGCCAAGUAAGGGGGUGUAUAGACAUUGUGUCUUACCAUAAUGCCAUGUAAAAAGGGAUGUAUAGACAAUUUCUGACUGUCAUGCUAUGUGAAAAGGGAUGUAUAAACAAUUUCUGACUGGCAUGCUAUGUGAAAAUCGAUGUAUAGACAAUUUCUGACUGUCAUGCUAUGAGAAAAGGGAUGUAUAGACAAUUUCUUGGGAUGUCACUGCUGUCACAUUGCACAUAUUUUUUAUUAGCAUGUUCGUCAGUGGUACAAGUAAGCUGUUUAGUUUCAGAUAAUAGAGACAAAAGUUGUAUUUGUAUUGAAAUAAACAUAAAUUUCUGUCUAUUGAUUCAAUUUGUAUGAAAUGGGUAUUGACAUGCUUUUGAAUAGUGGAGGAUAUACUCAUGUAUUUUCUGUGUAUGUAGUAUUGUAGAUAAAAUGUGGACAGCGCUUGAAAUGUUACCCUCUGAUUUUGUACUGACUGUAAUUGUUUUUAACAUUAUUUCCUCUCUGUGAUAUUUCAUUUAAUGUUAUUGAUUGAAUUGUUUCACACACUUAAAUGUUAUCAGUUUUAAAGCAGAAAUUUUUAAAAUUCUGAACUAGCCAUCAUGUUUUAGACUUUGGUACAUAUGUACCAAUUUGUGUAUAGGUGUACUGGCCUUAGAUGAAAUGACUGAAGGGUGGUAGAGGGGAAAAGGUAGGGUGCUAAGGUUUGCAAGCACGAAAUUAAGUCAGACAUCAAAAAGAAACAAUGUGAUUACUUUUUUCGUAGUUUCUGAAAACAGUGCAGUGGCUGCUGAUCUAUUUUUAAUGAACAUGUACAUCUUUGUGAAAAAUAGUCAAUCUUUUAAACUAUUUUGUCUCUUGCAGAACAUGGUUUAUACUUUAUCUGCAUAGCAUCUGAAAUAAUACAUAUAUUUAUAUCUGCAUAAUCAAGUCUUCAUCAAUUCUUGCAAAAUCUAUAUCAAGUUUGUUUUAAACUAAAAUGCAUAUUAUUGAUAUGUAGCAUAUGGAGUUUUUGGUUCUCUUCAUUGGUUGGAAUUCAUAUUGUGUUCAUCUGGUGAAUACUUGCAUUAUUAAAGUUCCAUCAUUCUGUUUGAAAAAUAUAAAUUAUGCAUACAGCAAAUGAAGUGUAGAAUUUCUAUCCUUCCUGUGUACGUGAAUUGGUGACAUUGUAUGGAUGGAUUUGCACUCAAUUCCAAGGUAAGGAGCGACUGUAAAACUGGCCAUCCUGGUGCAGACCUGCGACAUGUGGUGAGGUCUGUUGAUGAGUAUGUCAUCAAGUCAUCACGAUGGUCAUCAUGCAUGGUCAGCACAUUGGAGGCUUGUCGAACAUCCCAUUACACUGUGUUUGUUAAAUCAUGAAAACGAAUUGGCCAAGCCAUUCCACUGACAAACCAGGAGUGACCAGUCUGUUUGGAGAGAUGUCUGCAUGGAGUGACCAGUCAGCAUGGAGUGACCAGUCUGCAUGGAGUGAUGUCUGUAUGGAGUGACCAGUCUGCAUGGAGUGACCAGUCUGCAUGGAGUGACCAGUCUGCAUGGAGUGAUGUCUGUAUGGAGUGACCAGUCUGUAUGGAGUGACCAGUCUGAAUGGAGUGACCAGUCUGUUUGGAGUGAUGUCUGCAUGGAGUGACCAGUCUGUAUGGAGAGACCAGUCUGUUUGGAGUGAUGUCUGUAUGGAGUGACCUGUCUGUUUGGAGUGACCUGUCUGUUUGGAGUGACCAGUCUGCAUGGAGUGAUGUCUGUAUGGAGUGACCAGUCUGCAUGGAGUGACCAGUCUGUUUGGAGUGAUGUCUGCAUGGAGUGACCAGUCUGUAUGGAGAGACCAGUCAGUUUGGAUUGAUUUCUGCAUGGAGUGACCAGUCUGUUUGGAGUGACCAGUCUGUUUGGAGUGAUGUCUGCAUGGAGUGAUGUCUGUAUGGAGUGAUGUCUGUAUGGAGUGACCAGUCUGUAUGGAGUAACCAGUCUGCAUGGAGUGACCAGGAUUAAGUUAGCCGUUAUGACACUUGCUUUUGUUGUUGGGGUUUUGUGUGUUAAGACCAAGAUCUUAUGUAAGCCAAAAGAAAAGACAUAUAUGUUGUCUGUUUAUCUUAGUUUAAACUCCUUCUCAUGUACAUGUAUGUCAUGAAGAGGGCAGCCAUAAUCUGGUGUGGCGCUCUUAUAUUUUGUUCUCGAGGCCAGUCAUUCACAUUUUCGUGAAAGAUAUUAACUUAUUUAGGCCAUUAAUGUUCACAUGGACUUCACUGUAACUUUUAAAUGUGGGAGAAGCGCUCUUGAAAUUCAUAUCUUGCAUUUGUUCAUUGUAAAUUUACUGAUCCGAUCGAUGAAAAACUCAUCAAAAUUUCCCUCUUUUCGUGCAGUUUCAUAAUUGUGUGAGUUUUGCGUCAAAAAAUUUUGUUUCAUGCAUAUAAAUUCAGCUGAUCAAAUAUUCAAAAGUUUUCCAAGGUUCAUUCUUCGAUUUCUAUUUCGCCAAAUUUUUCAGCAGAUUCUGCACAGUUAAAAUUUGUAAGGGCUUCCAGUGGGGUCAGGUGUAUUCUACAUGAUAAAAGUUUGAAUAGAUCGAAAAAAAGAUACCCAGUAAAGUUAUGUGGUAUUCUGCUUUAGAAACUGAUCAUGAUUUAGCUAUGCUUUUAAUUCUUCAGUACACAAUUGCCAUAUUCUGCCAUUUUGUGUUCCGUUUAGUUUACCUCUUUUUUUUUUUUAAUAUUUUAGUGGAUGCAGUUUAUUUUUUCUGUAUCCUCUCUUAUAUGGCAUGGAAAUGUGUGAAUCGGGGGGAUGAUGUAUAAACUAGAGAUGGAUAAAAUGACAGGACCUUAUUCUGAGUUAAGUUUUAAUCUGAUGCCUGUACAAGGUCCUAUUUCCUGAUGUAAAUACAGUGGAGACUUCCUGUAGGUGAGGGACCUAGUAGAGCAUACUGACAUGUAUCUAUAUAUAUUGAUGAUUAUGCAAACUGAUUCUCUGUGUGGUAAUGUGUACAGUGUAAAAACUAUGUAUGUGUAACAUGAUGCAAUAAAGAAACAUCCUCCUCUGAAAGAA